AUGACCGUGAAGAACCGCUACCCGCUACCCCUCAUCCAAGAGCUUCUCCAUAAGCUCAAAGGUGCCCGCUACUUCACCAAAUUGGACGUUUGCUGGGGAUACAACAACGUGCACAUUAAGGAGGGUGACAAGUGGAAGGCCACAUUCCGCAUCAAUAUGGGACUCUUCGAACCAACUGUCAUGUUCUUUGGCCUCACCAACUCGCCCGCCACGUUCCAAGCCAUGAUGAAUGAGCUGUUCCGCGACCUCAUCCACGAAGGCGUCGCUGUUGUCUAUCUCGACAACAUUCUCAUCUUCACCAAGACACUCGAGGAACAUUGUCGCGUGACACAUGAGGUCUUACGCAUACUACGGGAAAACAAGCUUUAUCUCAAGCCUGAGAAGUGCGAGUUCGAACAGACCAAGAUCCAAUACCUUGGCAUGAUCGUUGAGGAGGGACACGUUCGCAUGGAUCCUGCCAAGGUCAAAGCUGUCGCCAAAUGGGCUGUUCCAAUGCGCAAGAAAGAGCUGCAGUCAUUCUUAGGAUUCUGUAACUUCUACCGCCGCUUCAUCAAGGACUUCAGCCACAUCGCUCGCCCGCUCCAUCGCCUUACCGGAGACGUCCCUUGGGAAUGGGGCGUUGAACAACAGCUUGCAUUUGAGGAACUCAAGCUACGCAUUACAUCCGAACCCGUGCUCGUCAUCCCAGUCGGCGACUCCCCGUUUAGAGUCGAGGCCGAUGCCUCUGACUUUGCAAUGGGUGCAGUGCUCUCGCAGAAGGCCGCUGAUGGCAAAUGGCACCCGAUCGCGUAUUUCUCAAAGUCGCUUAGCAAAGCCGAACACAACUAUGAGAUCUACGACAAAGAGCUCCUGGCCAUCAUGCUUGCUCUUGAGGAAUGGUGCCAGUACCUCUUGGGUGCCCGUCACACAUUCGAAAUCUGA